AUGUACACCGUCACCCGCGGCCCCAGCAAGAUCGCCACCCAAAGGAGGACGGGUCCCACGCAGCAGGUGGAGAGCAAGCUGGGCGACCUGAAGUGCCAGCGGCGGCAGCAGCAGCAGCAGCUGGGCUCCUGGCCCCUGUCCAGCUCCGCACCCAAGCUCGUCUUCAACAGGGUGAAUGGCAAGAGGCCUCCGCUGAUGCCGCAGCAAACAGAGCCAGCCGCAGAGGAAGGCUACACGUCGGCUCAUGAAGAAAAUGUCCGGUUUGUGUAUGAAACCUGGCAACAAGUAGAACAACAGUUGUACAACAGCCGCCCAGGAGAAAAUGGAUCUGGCCCCGUGCAGUACACAGAGAAAACGCCCAGCACAGAACUGAAAGAUUUUGUGCCAAUAGAUCUUGAAGACUGGUGGGUAAAACAGUUCUGGGCCACAAUUGAGAACGGCUCUUAACGCAGGAUGCGG